UUUAUACACAUCAAAAUAUCAGAAAUUGCGGGAAACAUAUGAAAAUUGAGUGGUGCUUUAAUAAAAAUUAUUUAUAAACAAUAAAUAAAGUAUUAAUUUACAAAUAAAAACUUGUAUUCGUAAAAAGAAAAGACAACCAUGCCUGCUAACAAUGGACACUGUGGGGUUCCCCAGUGCAACUCAUAUCGGAAGGAUGGAAUAUCGAUGUUCCAUCUCCCAAAAGAUGUUCGGGAGUCUCCUAUUCUUUUGAAGAAAUGGUCCGGGACUCUUCGGAUGGGAAAACAAUUUCCGAAACAAUUUUUUAUAUGUGAGUUGCAUUUCCAUAAACAUCAAGUCCUGAGGCGAAAUAAAGGCAACGCUAAAUCACGACCGGUUUUAGUAAAGGGUGCGUUUCCCUCGCAAAACCUUCCCAAAUCUGUGGUAAAAACCAAUCAAAUAAGAUCUAGAAGAAUUUUGUCUAGAGCUUUGUCCAUUGCUAGAAGUCGAAAAUGUGAAGAACAUGAUCAUGGAGAAGGGAAUGUCGGAGAAGAAAUGAAUAGGAUUGACAACGAGGAUGAGGAUGCUGAAAAUAUUGGUGGUACUGACGACAUUUGCAGUCGCUUUUGCAAUAAAGGCAUUCAAGUGAAUUUAAAUCCAACUAUUGUAAGCUCCUUGUGCGACACGGAUAAAAAACUAAAAACGUUUACAGGACUAGAUGGUUUAAGUACUUUAGAUGCAUUAGUAAACGCAUCUUUUAAGUUACGAAAAGAAGAAACUCCUUACAUGUCAAUGAGAGACAGGAUUAUUCUAACCAUGUCCAAACUUAAAAAUAAUUCCACUUUCGCAUACUUGGCCGUUUUGUUCCAAAUCAGCGAGAAAACAGCUAAACUUUAUUUUGUCGAUACAAUAAAGCAUUUAGCCAAAAUAGUUGGACCCUUGAUAUACUGGCCGACAAGGGAACAAAAUGCGAAGAGGAUGCCUAAAUGCUUUGAGUAUUUUCAAAAUGUAAGGACAAUUUUAGACUGCACGGAGAUGAAGACGGUAACGUUCCGAUGCCUUAAAUGUAGAACUGGAGUUUAUUCACAAUAUAAGGGAGCAGCCACGCUUAAAGUGUUGAUUGGAAUUUCACCAUCGGGAGCUAUAAACUUUCUGAGCAAAGUUGCCAGUGGAAGAUCUUCGGAUAAGGCGAUAUUUAACCGCUCAGAUCUUCUUUCGAAACUGGAACCAGGAGACGCAGUAAUGGUCGACAAAGGCUUCAUGAUCGGCGAUGAGCUCAAUAAAGCGGGAAUUGAAAUGAUAAGACCUAAAUUUCAUUUCGAACCUUUUUCGGGAGAAGAUGUGAGAAGAAACACUAGAAUUGCUGCAGCGAGAGUACAUGUGGAAAGGAGAUUUGCUAGACUUAAAAUGUUCAAAAUACUAUCAGAUAAAAUCCAUUCAUCAGUUAUACCAUAUAUAGACGACAUUAUGAUAGUUUUAUGCGGUCUAUCAAAUUAUGGUACACCUAUAUUAGAUGAUAGCAAAUUUUAAAUAUAAAAAUAAAAGACAUUUUUUGAAAAUACUAUUAGCAUUUAUUUUGUAUUAUUUUUUAAAAACAUAACACCUUAAACCUAACUUUUUUUUUAAUACAAAUACAAAUAAAUACAAAAAUAACUAAAUU